AUGGAUUCAAUCCUUGAUCAAUAUGCUAAUGAUAAAUUAGAAACAAUACCUGAAGAACCAAUUAUAGAGGAAAAGAAACCAAGUAAAAAAAGAAAAUCAACGGUUAAGAAAGAUGAUAAUACUGAUGAGAUAGAGGAGAAACGUGAGCAACUAUCUAUUCUAUCUGUUCUUGGUACAAUAGAGUCUUAUACAGGACAAAAGAUGUCUCUUGGAGAUGUUAAGAGAUUACCAUCCAAAGAUGUUGAGAAGUACUAUAACCGAUAUCAAGUUAUUAUUGGUAACCAAGUUACAGGAUCAUUAGUUGACACAACCCUCGAGACUGCUACUGAGUUAGCAAGUUAUGUAUUACCUAUCGAUGAUAAGGAAUCACUAUGUUCUGAUUUGAAGGAAAAUCCAAUGAUAAGAAAUGAGCUUUCUAAUGCAGCUGGAUAUCUCGUAUUAAAAGGUGGACGAUUCGUUGCUCUUGCUAGCUGUCUUUUACAAGUUGCAAAACAUGUAGAAUUUAAUAAUCUCAUUAAUAAUAAACCAACUAACGRUAUUAAUGAUAUGGAUAAAUAUAUUCAGGAUACUGUUGAUAAAACUCUUGAGCAUACACAACAUGAUCAAAUAACUAAAGAACCAGAACAUAAACUAGAACGUGUUAAGGAUCCUAAAAAAGUAGCUGCAGGAAAAAGAUUAGCAGAAUAUCAUAAGAGAGCUAAACAAGCUCUUAAACAAGAGAGGGAACAUGAAAAUGUUGUAGAAGAAGAUAUUAGUAAUUCUAAAUGGAUACCGGAAAUAUCACUAACAACAGCAUUGACAAUGGUUGGAAUAACUCUUACAGCUGUCGAUUUAUAUUUUAGAUGGAGAAAACAGGAUAAAUUUGAAUGGAAAGCACCUCCUGUUAUUAAUGCAGAUGAAAAACCUAAAUUAUCAGUUCCUUCAUCUAUGAAUGAAUUAGAAUUACCUCCUAAGACGGUAAAAAAACCAUCGAAAAUUCCCAAGAGAAUUGGAAUGGAUUAA